AUGGCACCAGAGUACUUACUUUGGGGUUACUUGACCUACAAAGCAGAUGUGUAUAGUUUUGGGGUUGUUGCAUUGGAAAUUGUUGCUGGAAUGAACAACAUGAAAUAUCGUCCUGAUGGGAAUUAUGUUUGUCUACUUGACUGGGCACUUGUUUUGCAACGUAAAGGAAGUUUGAUGGAGCUAAUAGAUCCAAGCAUGCUUGAAGGUCAGGUUACUGUUCAGGAACUAAACAUGGAUCCAAGUAUUUAUGACGAUGAAUUGAAGUUCAAAGCCCUCAGAGACAAGUAUGAAGUGAUGGAACACCAGAACUCCGGUGAAACUGAGAUCCUUAUCCCUUCAUCACCACCACCCAAGAUAUCUACCCGAUUAUUCUUGGUUCUUCAUACUGAGGAGCGAGAAUUAUGCUUUGAUGGUCCAUAA